AACAGUGUUGACAACACUCCGAAAAAAUUAUAUUUUUUUCAGUAAAAGAGAUUAUUCUAAAAAAUGCCGAAAACUAAGCAACUAGAAAAGUGCAAACAUCCGAAUAGUAGAAAGACCAAAGCCUUGGCGAAGCAAAUAAAAAAACAAAGCAAACGAGACAAAAGUAAACUCGUGGGCAAUAUAAAGUUGAAUCUUUUAGGAGAAAAAGUCUUAUGGUUUCAACAAAACUUAGACCCGGAGUGUAAAAAAUGCUCGCCUAGGGACGUGGAAGUUUUAGUUUCGAAUUAUUUGGCUAGAUUCAACGAAGAAUUGGAACAGAUACGGUUGAAACAUUCGAUAGGAGACAGGAAAAACAGGCAACAUGCAAGUAGGGAAGAUAUAAUAAAGUUGACGGUGAAAAGGGAAAUAGAGGAAUACAAUACGUGUGGUAUAGAAAUACCAAAUAUACUAGAUCCUGUACAAUUUGAUUUAUUAAAAACGUGGAACGGCGAACUAAGGUACUUACAGAAUUUCAAACUGAGAAGAUUCAGCAAGAAAAUACUUGACGAAGAAGCGAUAUUAGGAAAUAAAAAAAUCUCGGUUAAUAACAAAAAAAUGUGCACUGAUAUUAGCGAAAAUGUAGAGGAAUGUCUUUAAUAAAGAAUAUAUAUGAUAAA